UUGAUAGUUGAGACUGAUUAUUUAUAUAAGUGAUUGAUAUUCUGUUCUCUUUGAGAUGGACUUUGGACCGCUGAGUUGCUUGUCUUUUAAGCAUUAGUUUCCACUACAAUAAUUCAUUCAAAGAGCAAUUUCAUAAAUUGGAUUUAAAGCUAAAUUUGCAUUGUGAACUUGAAUUAUUAUUUCUGAGAUUUCGAAGUCAAAUGACAUACAUCAACAACAGGGAUUUCCUUGCAUGAUUUGUAUCAAGCUCACUUAGCGGGAAGGAUGAUCGAGCGGCCUGUUUAGUAAACAGCAGUUUAUUUCACCACCUGUAGGCGAGGAAUGGCUGAAGCGAGAAGCGCAGUUUUAAAACCAAGGGUUCAUGACAUAGAAGAGGGGAGAGACACGACAAGGGAUUUUUUGGUUGCAUUUCGCAGAUCAACUGUUCGAAGUUUUUAUCGAAUUAGAAACCAAAUAAAGAAUGGCCUGUGGCCAACCUCAUUGUGGAACCUUGGUGGAUCCGUAGCUGUUCUUUCAACAGGUCUUAUUUAUGACCCUGAAUUCCUGAAGCCAGUCACAAGCUUGUUGUGGAGAUUUGGGGGUUUGCUAGGUCUUCAUGAAGAUGUUCCUUACUACCUGCGAGUGUUUUUGAUAUCUGGUAUUGCUGGGACUGGAUUCUUCUUUGUCCUCCUACAUGUGCGGAGAUACACUCUAAGAGCACUGUUGGCAUACAGAGGAUGGAUGUACCAACCUCCAAGAACCCAGUCCUACUCCACUAUAUUCUGGGCUGUGAUUGUGCGCCUGGUCAGUGGCAGGCACCCAUCUCUAUACAGCUGCCAGAGGAGUUUACCCAGAAUGCCAGUGCCUCCACUGAAGAAGUCCCUCAAGGAUCUGAUUGCAUCGCUGAAACCAUUGUACGGGGAACAUUCUGAGGAGAUCCAGAAGCUGAAGGAGCAGUCAAAGGAGUUUGAGAAAGGCAUCGGUAAGAAACUUCAGCACACUCUGAUUCUUAAAUCCUGGUGGGCAGACAACUGGGUCACUGACUGGUGGAAUAAGUAUGUGUACCUCAGUGGCAGAAGCUCCUUGUCUAUCAACAGCAAUUACUACAUAUUGGACCAAAGCUACUGGUGCCCUACAGACAAACAGUCAGCAAGGUCAGUCCAGAUGCCUUUGUACAGCUGGCCAUUCAGCUUGCCUACUAUAGGGACAGCAAUGGUCAGUGUGCACUGACCUAUGAGUCUUCUAUGACCAGGCUUUAUCUUGAAGGCAGGACUGAGACCGUUAGGUCCCUGACUAAAGAGACUGUGGCCUUUGUCAAAGCCAUGUCCCAGAAUAACGUGACUAAUGAGGAAAAGAUAUCUCUGUUGAGAGUAGCUUGUGACAGACACCAGCAGAUGUAUAGAGAUGCUAUGAAUGGCAAGGGGUGUGACAGGCACCUGUUUGCCCUGUAUGUGCUGUGUAAAGGGUUGGGAUAUGAAAGUGAAUUUUUGAAGAGUGUUCUCACAGAACCUUGGACCUUAUCUACUAGUCAGCAGCCCCAACAGCAAAUAGCCACCUCCCCAGAUGCCAACCAUGAGCCUUAUCUCUCCAUGUUGUCCCCAGGGGGUGGCUUUGGUCCUGUGUCAGAUGAAGGCUAUGGUGUGUCCUACAUGAUACCAGCAGAAUCGAAGAUGUUUUUCCACAUUUCUGCAAAGAAAUCUUGCCCAAAGACAGAUGCUAAAAGGUUCACAGGUAUUCUCUUUGAGGCGCUGGCUGAUAUGGGGAAGCUGAUUGAGGAGCAUAUCUAAUUUUUUUUUUCAAGAGGACAGAAUUAAACUAAGUGAUAUUUUUAUUCAAAUUUUAUUUAAACCCGACUGUAACGUAUAAUUAUGAUUUUCUUGCCUACACAGUAUUGCAACAUAGCAUAAUGAAAAAAGCAGUAUAUAUGUGUUCAAGUCACCAAGUUUUAGUGGCAUCAAAAUAAUAUUAAUAAUUAUGAAAUGUUAUACAGUGAACAACACUUAAAAAGAUAAAAACCAGCUGUGAUAUGAGAUUAAUUCUUGCAAAAUUUUGAGUGCGCAUUGUUACUGACCAUUCAAAUAGGCAGUGGUAUGAACCAUUCCUAGUGAGUGAAUGUUAUUAGUCAUCCACUAAAAUAAGAAGGAGAAAUAUGUGUAACUCUGAUACUUGGACUUGCAUUUAGCAUCUGGCCAAUGUUGCGGUAUCUACAUGAGACGUGGAUGGACUGGUCACCUGAUCUAUUGCCAUAGGCUAGGAAUAGUUUCCACUGCCCCAUCCCAUAUGUGCGAGAGCUUAAACCUGAGGCCUCCUUUCUUCUUAAAUGUUGGAUUUUCCAUCCGUGCCCAAAUAGCUUUAUUGAUGCCACGUUAGCUGUAUGACAGAUCAUGUGACCAGUCCAUCCAAGGCAUUUAUAUAGUGAAAUGUCUCAGUAGGUUGAGACCAACGUCAGUUAGUUGCUAAAUAAGUUCCACUCUCAGAGUUAUACAUAUUUCUCAACCAUUCCUACAGUCCUGUAGUCUCUUAAACAGACUUCAGACUGAAUUUACCAAAUUUUGCCUUUUAGUUUGAGUGUUCCAUUGUUACUGACCAGUGAAAUUCACAACAGUAUGAACCAUUCCUAGUCUCCUAAACAUACCUCAGGCUGAAUUGACCACAUUCUGCCUCAUAGCUUGUUUGUGUAUUCCUUUUUCUGUUUGUAGCUUUUAAGACUCUUCUGAUUGAAAAAACCAAGAUUUACAAAGCAUUAGAUUUUUGUUAUGCCUUUGUGCACUUUGAGCAGUAUUAAUGAGAAAGUUCCUGUUAUCUAUGAAAUUAUUUGUGAUUCCUUUAGAAACUAUGGGAUUAUUCUGUAUACAUAUGAAAUCUACAUGAAUUUACAGGCAAAGCCAUGCAAUGCAAUGGUGACCUUAGUUAAGGUUGCAAAUAUUCUGUAAGUAUGGAUUUAAUUGAAUGGAAAUGCAUCUGAUAUGAUUCCUACAAAAAAAAAAAAAUAAAUAAAUAAAUAAAAUAAUAAUAAAAAAAUAAAAUAAUAAAUUCAACAGGUACAGUUUGCUCUAUAAAUUACUAGCAUAUGCAAUAUGUUUAUAGAUUUAAUUGUGAAUGUAAGUUUUUAUUUCCUUUUAUUGUCUACAAAAGAAGGAUCAUUGUUAAGAAUUAUACUAUUCAAACUAUUCCUACUUUUAUGUUGUUUUACAAUAAUAGCUGAAAGAAGUUUGAUUUCACUGAAAAAUAAAAUGUUUUAUUUGUCUAAGUUUUUACUUUCAAGUGUAUUGCCACCUUUUUGUGGAUUUUAAAAAGUGACAAACUUAGCACAAUGCAACACAUUUUCAAUAUUAUUAGAUGCCUAUUUUUCGUAUGUUAUGGACAUUGUAAAAGAUCUACACAGUAUCAUUGAAUUAUGGUUUAUUGGUAAUCAAAACAUGCGUGAAUCCAUUCCAUGAUAUUAAUUUGAGGCAUUUAACAACCUCAAUGAAGUUUGGAUAAAGCAACUUGCAUUUAAAGUUUAGAGAUUGAUGUUUGUAUUAAUUACAGUAUGAGUUGUCUUGUAACUGAUUUAUCCGAUGGCUUGUGCUUCCAUCAUUACGAUAAAUGUACUUGUAAUUCCUUUAUGAUAAAUGUAUGCUUACCAGUAUUUGAACAAACAAGAGUGUAUACAUGGAAGUAUGGAACACAUUGAAGCAAUAUAAAAUACAUGCCAUUGAAGAUCUGUUGUAAGCAAAUGUUACUGCAAUCAUCGUAUUGUUUCGAACCUCCUGUCAUGAGAUAAACUAUCAUUAUGUCAGUAUGUCUAGUCUGCUUUCAAAAUAGUCUUCUUUUCAUUUGGUGAAAAGUGUAUAAAUGAGUCUUUUAAAGGUUAAGGUGGCAAAUUUUAAGCACAAAAAUACAUAAAUAAUUCAUCUUUCAAUCAUGUUUUUGAUAUGUUAACCUUAAUGCUCAGUGUCAACUUUGCCUUUCUUUUCAAUCAAGAUAUUGUAAAGGCGUAUUAUGUAGAUAAUUUUAAAUCUUAUUUUACCAAUAUGAAAAAAAAAUGAUCAAUCGGGAUCAUCCGAGACAGCCCAGUUUAGCACUGGCUCAAGCCCUUCAAGCACUUCGUUUUUCAAGUUUUCUGGGAAAAGUAUACAACAUCAUC